AUUCUUGUUUGCUUACACAGAGCUUGUUCAGUGGGGAAUUAUCUUGUUAAGAUCUAAUCAUAUACAGUGUGUGUGUGGUGUAAAUAUAUGGCCAUUUAAAAUUUAGAUACAGAAUGUGGAGGUCAUUGUAGGAACCUUCUGUGCCUCAGCAAGUGUGAAUGAAUUAUCAGACUGCUUUCAUUCCUUCCUCACUGUCCACAUUACUACUUGCAGCUGGGAGCUAUGCCAUAAGUUACCUUUAUAUUAGCAUUGAAAAUUCCAAGGUUUUGAAAACAAAAUAUUUCUUCUUUUGCUCCCAGUUUUUUUUUUUUUUUUUUGUAGGCUAUAAAAACAUAAAAUGUGUCUGGUGAUCAGAAACUGUCCGAGAUGUUAGAAAUUUGUUAAGCCAGGAAAAAAUCCUCAAAAUUAUGAACAUGGUGAAAAAUAAAGAAGUCAGCAUUGAAGGAGCUUUGCAUUUGGCACAGAAAGAAGUGUAUGCUGAAAAGGAUUCACAGGAUUUGCUAACUGGCUCACAAUUUAACUUCAUUAUCUACAAAUACAAACACUAUCGGUGGCAGAAACGAAUUUUGCAGAUUGAUUUCAACACAAAGACCAUUUUUAACAUUGAAAAAGGAAUUAUUAAGAAACAGUUCCCUUUCUCACAAGUCAAAGCCUGUGAAGAUACUGAAAGGAGGCGCUUCAGCAUUGUGUUUCAUGGGCGACAAGAUUAUGAGCUGGAAGCAGUGUCUCUUGAUGAUAAAAGGAAGAACACCUUAAUCAACUCGCCACACCUUGAACAGAGAGUGGAGGAAAAGAAAGGUCUGAUAGAACUGUUUCGAAUACCCUUUACUGUCCAAAAUAAUAGAGCAGAGGAUGUUAGCAAGCUCCAGAAUGAGUGGGUGUCUCUCAUAGAAAGGUACUGUCCCCUGUGCAAAGGUGCCUCACUGCCUCAGGAGGGAUCUCAAGGAUGCACCUCCUCUGAAGCUGAUUAUGAGGAUUUUACUGUACCUCUGAAUGAACAGAAAGAUGAAGCUUUCCACUUUGGUGUGAGUUCUGCAACAACUGGUCUGAACAAGUCUUUGAGCCCCCAGACAAAGCGUGCAGAGGGGGAGUCAGGCCCAGCAUCACCAUCUCUUCCACUUCCCAUAAGUAAGGCAGAGGUACCACCAGCCCCACCUGUGUUCCCGCAGCCCUGCAGCCUCUCUCCAUCGACAAAGAGAACCAAAGCCUUUCACUGGGAUGUUGUUCCUUGCGAUAAGAUUCAAAAAUCUGUCUGGGGAUCUUGUGACCCAUGCAAGAGAAAAAUAGAUGUAUCCAGACUCUGUGAUCAGUUUCAGAUGCAGGACAUGGCAGUAUUUUCCAGCAAUGAACCUUCAGUGAAUCAGCACAUCAUGUUAGAUCGAAAAGUUGCACAUAACUUCAACAUCACCCCACCCGAAGAGAUACAUGGUUUAAAAGGUGUAUGGAAGAGAAAGAUUUUCCGUAUAAAACCAAAUGAGCUGAAAGAAAAACUCUACAUUAUACAUGAAGAGAGUGGUGGACUUACAGAUGAGCAGAUUACAGCACUAAGAAGAUACAUGCCAACACCAAAAGAUGCAGAAAGGUACCAGUCAUUCAAGGGGUCUCCUUCAGAGCUGCAUGUGGUUGAUCAGUUUAUGUUAGAGAUGUGUAAAAUCCCCCACUUAGGCCAGAGGCUGGAUCUCCUGCUUACCAUACGUGAGCUCCCUGUGAGCAUGAGAGAUUUGGAGCCUCUAAUAAACCAGAAAAUCCAAGCGAGUAAGCAGUUGCAAUCCAGCCAGAAAUUUCUUGCUGUCUUGGAGUACAUUUUAGCCAUUGGGAACCAUUUAAAUGAAAAGGCUGGAAAAGAGAAGGCUAAAGGAUUUCGAUUGUCGUCUUUGACCAAAUUACAACUCUUGCGGGGUAAGGAGAGGACAUUCACCUUGCUUCACGCCCUUGUGGAACAGAUCUUCUUACAUGAGCCUGAUCUGGCCAAAUUUUCUCAGGAGUUGACAGAAUUUGAAGCUGUUCCUGAUGCUUCCAUGAAGGGCCUCAGUGCUGAAGUUGAUGUUUUAAAAAAAGAAUUGGAAAAUGUUGUUCAGUGCAGGCGGCUUAUUAAACCCAAGACAAUCAAGGCAACACCUCUGGAGUCACAGUUCUGCAAGGAACUGAAGGAUUUAAUUCAGAAAUAUGAAGGGGAGCUAUCCCAGCUGUCAAAAAGAUGUGAUGAAAUGAAGAAGCUUUAUAGCAACAUACUGGUAAAGUUUGGGGAACCACAAGACCUAGACUCUCAGGAGCUGUUUGGAUGGAUAUCUUCAUUCAUUAGUGAGUUUAGGAAGGCCUGUGCUGAAGUCAUGCCAUAA